UCUAAACCGUUUGCAGCGCCGCAGCGGUAGUAACGAGUAUUAUCCUGACAGUUUCUCUCAGGUCUCAGCCGGCUAUAGGGAGGAUCGUGCUCUUUCCCCUCUUAAUCUGUGGUAGUGGUACAUUCUAACGGUAAAAAAAAAAAAAUGACCUGCGAAGUGGAAAGUCUGGCUGAACGACAAGCGUUUUGGAAGACGCUAUUCGAAGAGGAGAAAUUGACAUCCCAACUUGCCUCGCUCGCGACUAAACAUGUGGAUCAUGGCGUCACUUACUAUGACAUGACGCAGUACGGCCAAAUACACGUCAAAGUUGAAUCCGGCUCAGCAUUGGGUGACAAUUUUCAAAGUGACACGUUCAUUGUAACGGUGCAAAUGCUACGCGAUACCGGGGAAAAAACAUUGAGUACCUUCAUCAAGGUUUUGCCGUCGAAUAUCUUUAUUCGCAAAUCAGUUUGCAAAUAUCGUGUUCAUCAACGAGAAAUCAACAUUUACCAAAAUUUCUUUAAACUCUUGAGGGAAAUACACCGUCCAGACAAAAAAAUUCCGCUGGAUGUUCCGGAUGUGUACUACAGCCAUAUUGAGGAUAUAAUCCCGGGAGAGACGGAUGGAUCGGGAACUUGUAUUCUCCUUGAAAAUCUCAAAGCCGAAGGCUAUCGUAUGGCUGAUAAAGUGGAAGGAGCUGAUUAUCAACACUGUAAAAUGGCACUUACUUCACUGGCCCAUUACCACGCCUUGACGUUGAGUGCGGUGAGAAAAUGGAAGGAUCUGACAACUGGCGAAUUAUCACAAGUUCCAUCUUCUGCAAAGUUUCUCGUAGAAGAAAAAACAAUGCACGACGGGGAUAUCGUCCAAAUCAUUUCAGGGUUUUCCGUGUCGAUCGUCAAUUUCCUAAAAAAAAUCGAAAGACCUGAUCUUGUUGAAUGGGUGACUUCCUUUACGUCCCGUAUAUCAGAGGUCAUCCUGGUGGAUACAUUGGAAAGCAGCGGUCCAUUGGGUUGCAUUCUUCACGGCGACUACUGGAUCAACAACAUUUUGUUCAAAUACGACGUCAAAGAAACAAAUAUUCCAGUUUCAUUGAAGAUGCUUGAUUUUCAAACGUCGAGGAUCGGCCAUCCACUCAGCGACGUCCUCUAUUUCUUUUACUCGAGCACCAAACCGGAAACAAGAGAGAAACACAUGCUCGUUUUGCUUCGCCACUAUUUCGACACAUUGACGGUCGAUUUGGAACUCUUGAGCGUUUCACUCGACGACUACACCUGGCAAGACUUUUGGUCUGAUUACAAGAAGAGAUCCUUGAUGUUGAUGUUUAUGGGUAUCAUGGUCUUGUCUUUUGUUUUGAACAAGAAAACUCUGACCAAAUUGGAUGAAAUGGAUGCCGAGGAGCGGCUAAAAGAACCAAAAGUGUCGGACGAGGAAAAAGUCAAAGGUGAAAGCGGAAUGAGCCUCGAUGUGGAGGAAUCCAUGAGGAACAUGAUGUCGUCACAAAAGUUGAGCGACAAUCCCGUUCUAACUGACCGUAUCCUCAGACUCAUAGACGAAGUCAAAACAUUGAACGGUUCUUAAAAUUACAUAAUCAUUUAGUCGCAGUAACCAAACCCCUUUUUACCCCCAUUUAAGUUGAAUAAAUCCAUUGUAAAUGAA